AUGGGAUCUGCCGGGCAGAGGCGCGGCCUCGCGCUCUUCGCUCGUGCUUCGGCCGACCUCAACUCAAAGAUACCCAAGCGCAUCACUUCAAAACACAACCAGAAGCCUCUAGCUCAAGUUCUGCUACCCGCUGAUUCACCAAGGUUAUGCGAGGAUAUGGGCGAAAGGCUCGCAGAUGUUCUGGUGGAUCAUAUGGCCCACGACUAUGGCCAUUACGGGCUUCUUGUCCAUCGAAGCCAUCAACACCAAAUACCUCAAAAGGAUAGGGUAUGA